AUGGCGACGCCUCGGCUGUACCAGAUGGGGAUGCCACUGCGACUAACACUUGCCGUGGGAGACGACGUGAGCGAAGCGACAGCUGUCACUGAUCUCGAUGGCUGGACCGUGCUCAAUGAAGAGGCUACCACACUGCGAGAACCACUGGCAGACGUGGUAGGGGAUGAAAUUACGCGUAUGCACGGGCUGAGACCACUACCAUCGCCGACAUCGGCGAAAUCACAGCCCACGCAGAGUGGAUUGAUUGUCGCACAGUUUGCGGAUGGACUUGGCGACGAAGUCAUCGAAGGCAAAGCUGUCAAUGGGUAUGACGAUGUCAUGGUAGUUGAAGCUGUCAUAGUAGACGAAAGUGUAAUGGUACGCGUUGGUGUCGACAUGGGAGAUGAUGCCAUCGUGGUAGAUGCUGUCAUUAUGGGUGAUGCUUUCAUCGUGGGCGAUAAUGUCAUCGUGGGUGAUGCUGUCAUCGUAGGUGAUGCUGUUAUCAUGGGUGAUGCCGUCAUCGUAGGAGAAGCGGUCAUGAUAUGUGAUAGGGCUGUACUAGGCGUAGGCGACACCGCUACACAUGGACUGGUGCCAUCAGCCACCACCAUCCCUUGA